AUGGAGCGGCUGGCGCUCCGUGCCGUGCUCUUGACUGUCGUCGCGGCUAACGUAUUCCGUUCUGAGGCGAGUGGAUUAAAGGCUGAGCCAGAUUUCACAGUUACCAUUACCGAAAAAGGAGUGCAGGAAGACAUGCAGCAGUUUUUUUCGCUCGGACCUUCAGCGACUCUCCGAGUUGUUGACGAGAGCAACAGCGCGAUCCUUCUGCCUGAAGCGGAAGGAGGGGAGGCACAGGACAGCGUAGCGUAUGAGUUUGAGAAUGGACACUGCAACUUCGGUAAAACAGUCGCGUACAAAGACAUGUUUUCCGGGUAUACGCAGCAAGUAUGGGCCCGCUCCCCAGCUGAGGCUGGCACCGGGGAAAAACAUGGCGGAAAAACCUCGAUCUACACAUUUACGAAUCCUCCUGUCGAGUAUUUGAAUGGGGGGGUCAGUUUCUGUGUGCGAUUCAUGACGAAAACCACAGUGACAACAAACACGACGACCACCACACCGACAACGACGACGGCGGCAACAGCUCACUCCUCAGCACCUACUGGGGGCUCGUCAUCUGACUCCACUGGUGGUGAAGGCUCGUCACCUACGCCCGGUGACAGCGACGCACCUGAGCCUGGGACCGGCUCCGGUGGAGGUUCGUCGUCUGGAGAAUCAGAGUCUCAACCGGAUCCUCCACCAUCCAAUCAGCCCAGCGAAGAAGAACUGCCAGGAGUGCCGAGUGAGGAGGAAGGUGGUGACGGAGACUCAGCUCAAGAAGGCGGACAUAAUUCGGGAAACGACCCUCAACAUGGUACUGGCUCCUCGUCAAACGGGGCUGAGGCUCCUGAGCAACAGCAGCAACCACAGCAAACAGACUCUCAGAGCGUUCAGCCCCAGCUAGGUCACUCCGAUCAUGUCCUCCUUCAUAAUGACGGCGCAAACAGCCACGCCACCACAGAAUCUUCUGAUCCGGGACACGAACAAGUUCCAUCCACCGAGGGCAAACUGCAAUCUUCUCAGCUUCUGGGGCCGACAGCGUCUCAGGGUGCACCUCUCAGGAAUUCAGACCCAUUCAGUGUUGGCAGAAUGAGUUUGGGGAGCUAUGCAUUGGCGGGCGCACGGGUUCGUACAAGCACUACCAUACUGCGUUGACGGC